AUGGAUGAUCUUGCCUCCGAGAAAGAAACUCUUCUAGAAAAGCUGGCUUCCCUCGAAUGUCAGUUUGAAAGUGUGAGGGAGGAUAGCCUAGCUCGAGGCCGUGACAUUGAGGAGCUUAAAGCUAAAUCCGCUGCUGAGUUGGCUAAGGCCAAGUCUGAUGCUGAGGCAAUUAUGUCUUCGUAUCGAGCCGAUGCUGAAGCGGCUAAUGUUCGGGCAAAGGAGAUCUCUUCUGCAGUAGAAGUUAAGUUAUCGAGGGCACUUGAUCAUGCUAGGCGUCAAUCUCGGAGGACUACCCUCGAGGAGGUACACGUCCGCGACUUCGAUCUCUCCGCCGAUAUUGAAAAGGAGAAGAUUUUGGAAGAAGAGGAUGCCGCUCUGCUUUUUGAUAAGGAUGAUUCAGACAGUGGCUCCGAGAGUGGAGGAGCUGAGGGCGAAGUCUCUGGGGAUGAGGCUUUCAAAGAUGCGGCUCCCGAGGAUGCAACUGCCGAAGAUGUAACUCCGGAGUAG